GGGCCUGUUACCUGCAAUCGAGCAACUAUUUCCUUAUUGUGAGCACAGAUUUUGUGUGCGACACAUCUUGGCCAACUUUAAGUUAAGAUUUCAAGGGAAAGAAGUGAAAGAUCUACUAUGGAGUUCAGCAAGAGCCAGUCACCCAGAUGCUUUCAAGAAACAAAUGGACAAGCUAGCAAGGUUGAACAAUGAGGCAUAUCAAUAUUUAAAUAAUAUAUCUCCUAAUCACUGGACAAGGUCACAUUUUUUUACUAACACCAGAUGUGAUAUGUUAUUAAAUAAUUUGUGUGAAUCAUUUAAUAGCUUGAUUUUGGAUGCUAGAACUAAGGGGUUGGUUACUAUGUGUGAGAUGAUUCGAACAAAGCUAAUGAAAAGAAUCCAUACAAAAAGAGAUAUGAUGAAGAAAUGUUAAACUGUUUAUUGUCCAAAGAUUUUGAAGAAGUUAGAGAAGAACAAACAGUUGAGUUGGUUUUAUAAGACUGAAUGGUCAGGUGGAGAAAAAUACCAAGUGACUGGACAUGAUGAGCAGUUUGUUGUUGAUAAACGAGGUAAGACAUGUAGUUGUCGGAGGUGGGAUUUGACAGGAAUACCAUGUUGUCAUGCAAUUUCAGCUAUGUAUUACAACAAUGAUAACCCUUGUGACUACAUUGAUAAUUGCUAUAAAGUGUCUACAUACUUGAAGACUUAUAGUCAUUUGAUAAAUCCUACUAAUGGAAAAGAUAUGUGGCCUAAAAGCAUUAUGCCUCCUAUCAUACCAAAUGAGGUUCCAAAGCCAAAAAAAGGUAGAAGACAAAUAAUGCGAAAGAAGGAACCUGGUGAGGGUUCAAAUGGAACCAAGAACGGAAUCGUUAGUGGAAAGGUCUCUAAGAAGGGUACUGUUAUGCAUUGUUCAAUAUGUGGGUCGACAGAGCAUAAUAAAAGAUAUCAUGGGAAACAAGGGAGUGAUGCUACUCAACCAAUACCAAAAAAAUUACCAGUGAGAAGGAAUAAAAGUGUUGGACAAAGUGGUGGGUUACACUCUAUUUCCAUGCCACAUACAAUGCAGUGGAUGCCUGACGUAAGUUCAAAACUUGAGAACUUAUAA